CAGAGCAGACACAGAGCAGACACAGAGCAGACACAGAGCAGACACAGAGCACGGUUGUCUGAUAGAUCCAAAUCAUUUUAACUCUUUGCUGAUUUCUCCUCUAACAACAUGGACAUAAACCUAGACUGAAUAAAAACUGCAUCAGAGCAGACACAGAGGACGGUUGUCUGAUAGAUCCAAAUCCUUUUAACUCUUCGCUGAUUUCUCCUCUAACAUCAUGGACAAGUCAAACAGAAGAAUUGUCAUUGUGGGAAAAACUGGAGUUGGGAAAAGCAGCCUGGCUAACACUAUAUUUAGAGAAAGAAUGUUCAAGAUCGACCAAACUGCCAACUCUGGAACAAGUGAAUGUGAAGCAAAAACCAAAUCUGUCAAUGGAAGAAGCAUCACUCUGAUCGACACGCCUGGUUUCUUUGACACAGAUAGAUCUGAGGAGGAGCUGAAGCCUGAGAUAGUGAGGUAGUGCGCUCCUGGGCCUCAUGCUUUUCUCAUUGUGCUAGAAGUGAAUAAAUUCACAGAGUUGGAGCAGGCUGUCAUCAACAAAAUAAAAGAAUACUUUUCUGAAGAAGCCUUCAAAUAUGCAACAGUUGUCUUCACUCGUGGUGACCAGCUCCCUGAAGGACAGACAAUUGAAGAUUACGUCCGCCAGAAUAGGCCUUUGAGUGAUCUGGUGAAGAAGUGUGGAGGUCGGUGCCACGUCAUUGAUAAUAAAUACUGGAACCAAAACCCAAAGCAUGAAUACAGGAGCAACCAGUUCCAGGUGGAGGAGCUACUUAAGACAAUAGAGAGGAUGGUGAAGGAGAACAAUGGAAGCUGCUACACCAACGAGAUGCUACAGUUAGUAGAAGAAGAGAUAGAACAAGAGGAGGAGAAGAUUAGACUGUUAGCAGGAAACAUGUCAGAGGAAGAGAUCAGGGAGCAGGCUAAGGCCAAUGUAUCUACAAAGGUUUUGGUCAGAUUAGCAGGUAUUGGAACAGGUGUGUUGUUAGGAGCUUUAUGUGGUGUUGUAAUGGCACUUGCAAUAGUCUUGGUAGCUGCAACAAAAGGAAUAGCAGCUACAGUUAAGGCAGCAGUAGGAGGAGGAGCAGCAGUAGGAGGAGCAGCAGGAGGACUUGGAGCAGCAGCAGCAGCAGCAGGAGCACUUAUAGGGGCAUAUGCUGCAGUGGGAGCGGUGUGUGGAGGUGUUAGAGGAUAUUAUGCAUGUGAAGGAGCAGAAACAGCAGGGGAAGCAGCAAGAAAUGUAGUCAAGGCUGUGAAGAAUGACGCUCUAAAUGUAUACAAAGAGGCAAAGGGUUUUUGGGAGGAAAUAAAAAAGUCUUGAGUCUUGAAGGUUGAGAGAAUGUAUCAUGAAACACUGUAAAAUACAUUUACAGUAAAUUACUGGAUAAUUAUUGCAGUAAAUUCAAAGUAACAUACAGUAACAUUUUAACCAUAUUUUUCUUUCUUGCAGAUUGAAGGAAUAUAUACAAAUAUUGUAACUGAUUAUGUUGAUUGUAAAUUUGAAUGUUCAGACAAAAUAUCAACACAGCAUUUCUUAUAGGCCACAUCAGGUUAAUGAGCGUCUGUUGUAGGUUUGCCAUGAAAUGUGAUGUGAUGACUGGUGGUGGGGUCACGUCAGAAAACUUUGGGAAGUUUUAUUAUCAUUAUUAUUGAAUAGGCUUUGCUAUGCAGUUAAAUUAAUGUGGGCUUAUUUUUUUCAUAUUAAGAAAUAAUCGUAGAAAGUAGUUUUAGUAUAAGUAAAGUUAAAGUUUCUCGUCCACUUGUGGCGUCCUCUGGAUGUAAGGCAUGUUAGCAUUUUGUUGUCUAAGUUGUUACUUUGUUCAAUGUCAAUAAAGUUGAAUCUGAUCUAA